ACGCGGGGUACAAGAUGGCGGCGCCCGGUGGCGGCAUGGAAGGCGCGGAGGAGGCCGAGGGGUUCGUGCUGGGGCGGCUGGAGCAGGAGGCGCUGAAGCGGCGGGAGCGGCUGAAGGCCCUGAGGCAGCGCACGCUGCAGAACAAGGAGAGUGGAGAACCUGAAUCCAAAAUCCCCAGAGAAGAUGAGGAGGAGGAGCCAGUCAAGCACAGGGAGAUCAAGCUGCGGAAUUACGAUCCCGAGGAUGAGGAGCUGAAGAAGAGGAAGCUGCCCCCGGCCAAACCGGCCUCAGUGGAGGACACGGUGAAGGAGCAGCUGGAAGCAGCCAAGCCGGAGCCCAUCAUCGAUGAGGUGGAUUUGGCGAACUUGGCUCCCAGGAAGCCCGACUGGGAUUUGAAGCGGGAUGUGUCCAAGAAGCUGGAAAAGCUGGAGAAGAGGACCCAGAGAGCCAUCGCGGAGCUGAUCCGAGAGCGCUUGAAAGGGCAGGAGGGGGAGCUGGCGUCGGCUGUGGGAUCAGCAAAGCAGGAGGGAAGCGACUCCGACUGAGGAGAAUCCAUCAGGAACGGGCUCCGGAUCUGCCUCACACCGACCCUGUGUCCCUCAGUCCCUCCCUGCUUGGGACUGCUCAUCCCUCUUCCCAAACUUCCCCAGUCCUACUGUGCCUGGAGGAGAGGCAGAUCCAAGGAGCCUGGCUGGCUGCUGAGGAACUUCCAUGGAAAACUUUCUGGGAUCUGGGGGGUUGAUGGGAGCAGGACAGACCGACCCAGUUAGCUGGAACUUCCUUGGAGCAAGGAGAAGUGGGAAAACUCUGGGGGCUGGGGCUGGAAAGGUCAAUCCAGACUGGCUGGGAAAGGAGGGAGAUGCCAGCAGCCCUUGGAAAAGCAGGAUCAUUUCCCAGCGAUUGGAGCUCCUGUUCCUGUGCAGACACUCCUGAGCUCUGAGUAUUUGGGAAUAUCCAUGGCCAGCCCCAGAAUCCUGGGAAGGGGCAGUGUGGCUCGGGAAUCGUUGGCUGCUCUGCAUCCGGCUGAGUUUAAUGUGGGAUUUACUUUGCUCCCGAAUUUCCCAACCCUCCAGGAGCGUGUCCUGCUCCUCGUCUUGGGUUGUUUUUUAUUGUUAAUGGAUCUUUUCCUAAUAAAAC